AUGGCUCACAAUCUGAUGGACGUGAAGGGCAAGAUUUCCAGUCUCACAAAUGAAGACAUAUUUGCCUCAUCUCAGUAUGUGUCUACAUCCCAUCCGCCAAAUCAACCUUGGCCUGGGAUUUUGACCAUCCUCAUUUCUCAUGGUAAUGGCUUCUCUAUACCGGAUCAAUACCAUCAAGCUGUUAACAGCGUUCAAAGUGGCUCUUCUUUAACACAAGCCGAAUUAUCCAAGAGGCCGUGGCUCAAUCUGAACGGCCGCGAAUUGUCGCUGCUCUAUGCCAUUGUAGAGUAUGACAAACUUUCCGCACGUUCAUUCUCAGCUUCAGAAACCUUUGAGAAUCUACGGACCAUUGAGAAUCUACAGUGGGAAAACUUAGGAUCUUACAGCGUGAAAUUUAAUGUCUUUCGCGCUGCAGAGUUGGUCUUCAGGUUCUACCUGUGCUAUCCUGGCCGUGGCCAAGGAAGUAGCGAUUUCUUUCUUGGAAAGGCUAAAAUUGAGCCAGUGCUUGAAGAGAAAAAGUAUACCAAGUGGCUACGAUUGGAAGAUGGCGCUGGAGAAAUCUGUGUUGAGAUUGAAUACACCAAAACCGCGACGCCGGGGAUACAAGCGGUCGGCGGCCGCCAAGGUCAAUGUCUUAGGGACAGCUGUAGCCCGAACCCCUGUUACCAUUUCCAAGUCGAAAGGCAAGAUACAAAUUUGCUUUACGCCAGCAAGAAACUUUUAAAUGUCGACGCAAGUCAUGUAUUCUUGUCUCAGGCGGGCAAGCCAUUCGUCGCACCGCUCGGGUUUGUUGCUCCCAUUUCCGAGGGGCUACAGUUACAUGCACCAUUUAUUCAUGGAGGGCCACUGUUUUAUCACCUUCAAAAACCACGACGUUUUGAUGUUGAUCGAUGUCGGUUCUAUGCCGCAGAGAUCCUUUGCGCAUUCGAAAGCUUACUGCAGUCCAACCCUUCAUAUCGCGGACCCAAAACAGAGAACAUCCUGCUAGACUCCAUAGGACAUGUUGUUCUUUGCGACUUUAGUCUCUAUCAUCUGGAUACAUAA